UGCGAAUUACGGGUGCUAAACCAGAUCCCUGAAACGCAAAAGGGACCAGGGCAAUUGUAUGCUUCCAAGUCAUAACAAUCUUUAUUGGUUGGAGAUUUGCGCCGGGAUCAAAAUAAAAUAUCCUUUUCUCCGUUUAGAGCCGGGCGACGACGAUGGCCUCUAGAGAGUAAAGAAUCCAGCAUGCCACCCACCUGCCCCGUAACUUGUUCUUGCUCGUCUUCAUCAACAUCAUCAUCCUACUUCCGCCGAAGCAACCAAGGACGAGAGGCGGGGGCGGAGGACCGCCGCCGCAGCCCAAUCCGCUAGGUGGGGGAGGGAACCGCCGGCGCAAAGGGGAAGGAUUUGGACGAUGACAGAAGCUGCAAUUACAAGGUAUUGGUGCCAUGAAUGUGAGCAUGCCGUUGACAUUGAGGAGGCCAUGGCCGAGGAGAUCAAGUGCCCAUUCUGUGAUGGUGGAUUCAUUGAAGAGAUGAUUGGCGCGGAAUUUGAGGGGUUGGCUAGCCAGCGGUCAGAGCGGGAUUCAUCACAAUGGGGAACGUCUGACAACCCCUUUGAGCAACCAGGAGGGACGGCGGACAGCGAGGAUGAUGAAGAAGAAGAUGAUGAUGAUAUGGGCCGUGAGUUUGAGGGUUUCAUCAGGAGGCAUCGACGGGCAUCAGCUCUUCGUCGGGUACUUGACAGCAUCCAAGACGACCUCAGGGCUGACAGGGAAAGAGACAAUUCCAUUCUGAUCAAUGCCUUCAACCAGGCCCUUGCUCUGCAAGGCUCAGUGCUUGAUCCUGAUGAGGUCCGGGAUGACCAAGGCACAUCUAGCAAUGAUGAUGGUUUGCUGGAGGAGUAUGUGCUGGGAGCUGGGCUGAGCUUGCUACUUCAACAUUUGGCUGAGAGCGACCCAAACCGGUAUGGUACCCCUCCUGCGAAGAAAGAGGCAGUUGAGGCUCUGCCCACUGUCAAAAUUGAAGAGGUUGUCAGCUGUUCAGUUUGCCUUGAUGAUCUUGAGCUGGGGUCCCAGGCAAAGCAGAUGCCUUGUGAGCAUAAGUUUCACUCUCCGUGUAUCCUUCCAUGGCUUGAACUCCAUAGUUCAUGCCCUGUGUGCCGGUUUGAGCUACCAUCUGAAGAGACGAAAGACUUGAACGAGCCAAGCAGUGUUGUCAGAACAGAAAGCAUCCAUGAGGAAGUCAGAGCUGAUGGCCCUGGGAGUGUCAGUGAGAGCAGUAACAGAGCUUGGGCCCUUGUUCCUUGGUUCAAUGGGCUAUUCUCAGCACCUGAACCGCAAACUGCCAGAGGUGCAUUCACCGAUCAACAGCCAUCUUCAGCUACUGGAACGAACCCGAAUGCUGGGGAAAGUUGAUUCCAUCCUCCUUUGUGAAUAAUGCUCAUACAUCUGAGAAUAGCAAUGAACCUUGUUGGUAGAACACUUUUUUUUUUGUACUGAUAAUCCUUCUUGGAUGAAUCGCAAGGUGCAAAGUUUGUGGCUGUUUUGUUUUAUGGUUAAUUAUCAUUUAACCUUUCUUGAGUUCAUUGCUGCUAAGUCAAUCUGCAACCUGCGUAAUGCAAUCAUUUGCUUUCUUC